AUGUUGUCUCUAACUCUGGAAGCCCAGCUAGAGGGCGUGACUGCCCUCCAGCCCACCGACACAGAGGAAAACCCUUACUACUACACCUUCCGCGUGUCAUGCACUUCUUGCCAUGAGACGCACCCGAACUGGGUUUCUUUCAAUCGUUUUGAAACGCAUGAGAUCCCUGGUAGUCGGGGCGAGGCUAAUUUUGUGUGGAAGUGUCGUCUCUGCACUAAAACCCAUUCGGCAUCCAUUCUCAACGCACCCAAGGCCUACGAAGCCCAGGAGAAGCGUAACUCCCAGAAGAUCAUCGAGAUGGACUGCCGUGGCCUCGAAUUUGUCGAGUUCAAGCCUGACGGCGACUGGGAAGCCAAGGCUGUCGAGUCUACCACUACCUUCUCAGGUAUUGACCUUCUCGAAGGCGAGUGGUAUGACUAUGACGAGAAAAAGGGCGAGGAGGUUAGCAUCAAGGAGCUGACCUGGAAGUUCCAACCACUCAACCCCCGCCCGUUCCUACAGGCUCACGUCGGCACUGAAGUCCUCAUCCGCCUCAAGUGGGGCCAGACGGAAUACAAGGGCAAGCUCGAGAGCAUCGAUUCAUACAUGAACGUCUUGCUGCGCGAUACGGAAGAAUUUAUCGAUGGGAAGCCUACCGGUUCGCUGGGUCUUGUUUUGAUCAGAUGCAACAACAUCCUCUGGAUGGGCUCCGCGGAUAGUGUCGAGAUGACGGAUCUCGAGUUAAAAUAA